GAGAGAUAACGAGGUAUGCGCGUCGAUUUUUACUAUCUCUAGUCUAGAAUUUGCUUUGGGGCGAAUCUCUUUUUAUUUCCUGUUGCAUUGCAGAUGCAACCGCCGGAAUUGCGCAAUGGCCAUGCGCGAUAAAAGCGGAGGAGAUGACUUUUCCCGCCUGGAUGAAGAAGAAAAUGAAUACCCUCGGGUUUUGUGCUAAACACAUCUAGGUCUGAUGUUCCUCGCUCAAGUGGCCUGUGUGGUGUCUAGUCCCGGUGUGUGUGUGUGUGUGAGAUGCGGUUCGUUGAAAAGUUGUUGGCGCUGGCGACCAUCUCGUUACAUCAUGAACAAUUCCGCACUCAUCACCGGACGGCCGUCGUUGUCCGGGCUGAAAAGCAGCCGCAAACUUGCCUCUACGAAUUCCGUUCCACCGAGCUGCCCUACGGCAAUUUCACGUCGCCCAACUACCCGGAUUUCUAUCCGGCCGGAACGCAUUGCUACUACGUUUUUCACGGCCGCAAGUGGGAAGGCAUCCGAAUUCAGUUUCAUUUUUUCGACUUGGAGUCGCCCUACACCGUCGGGUGCCUGUCGGAUUUUGUCAGCAUUACAACCGAAGACGUCAGUGGCUUAAGGACUGUGGCGGGCCGCUAUUGCGGCCAGCAGACACCUCCUCCACUGCUGGCCAUGCAACCCAAAGUGGAAAUCCUUUUCGCUGCCAAUUACGUCCACCAUCACAGGGGAUUUUCGGCCUCGUUCAGCUUUGUCGAUGAAGAGUCGUUGACGCUUGCGCCGUCGAAUACCGACUCUAAUUCCGGAUGCGGUGGCACAAUUAGCGGAAGUGGUGGUGUUCUCCUCUCUCCUGGUUAUCCAUCGGCCCUGCAAAGUUGGCUGGAUUGCUCCUGGCUAUUACGGGUCCCGUUCCAGCAUCACGUUUACGUUCGACUCGAGUAUCUCCAACUACACGGAGGUCUCGCCAGUUGCCCGUUGGCCGAAUUAUCGAUUCACGACGGCUACGGACCCCUGAACGACCAAGCUCUGAAAUUGCGGAGAUUUUGCGGUGAUCUUCGCUACUACAAAUCCGUCAGCGACCGGAGCCUUUUGUCGCGUCGAAAUCGAUUGCUCGUCCGGCUGACUAGCGGCAAUCUAACAUCCGUCAAAUCACUGGGAUCUCGCUCUCCGGUUGUCCCGUUCGGUUUCCGGCUCAUUUGGACGGCUGUCGAUUUUCAAACGGAGCAGAAUUGCUUGUCCCAGGGAAAGAUUGUCUGCCGCGACUCGCAGUACUGCUUCAAUUUCCGGCGCUUCAGCAGCAUUUCCUGCGACUCGACUUUGCUCUUUUGUCUCGACUCGUCGCUGCGCUGCGACGGCGUCAUGAACUGUGAAGACGGCGACGCCUCCGACGAGCUCAGUUGUCAAGUGCCGUACUUGUUCGCUUCCAUCACGGCCGUCUUGUGCGCCCUGUCGGUGGGGGCGUUGGUGUUUUGGUUCCGCCAGCGGAUGAGAAACCGCGACAAAGUAGCGGAAGAACUCUCCUAUUCAUCGGCCGUCAAUUACUGGGAACCGGGAUCUUGUCCCCGUCACGACGACCGCGUUUUCCACACCAACAACGAGGCGCCCGUCAUGGAUGGACAAAAGAGGCUCAGCUACGGCGGAGGUGGCGAAAGGCGAGAAACGGUUCACAGGGAGGCCAGGCGAAUCGCUUCGCUGCCGCUCAUCAACUGCCAGAAAAUCAGCCCCAACAUCAACAACGGAGUCAAUUUACUGAGGCGACACAACAGCCGCUUCGAAAUCGGAUCGGACGAAUUGUAUCCGUGCCAGAUGAAAGCUCCCGUCGUCUGCCAGGAGCAACCGAUGCCCGGCAAACUGGUUUGGGACAGGGGGGCUCGAACGGCGAGUACGUCGGUCAGAGGAAACAAUUUCGUCGAUAAGAAUUACCUGCGCCAGAAGAAGAUGACCAACCAGAGCAACGUCGAGUCGUACUGCAAAGAAACGGUGGAACUGACGCCGUUCAAACCGUACGCCUUGUCGUGUCAGGAUCUGGUUGCCCGGCGUGAAAUGAGACAUUCAAAUGUUGUGACUGUGACGAGCUUUGGACCGAAUGAAACAAUCAAUACUGAAUUGUGGUAGGUUUCAACAAAAUCUUAAAUUCCAAAUAUGAGGAUUGUAAAGGGUUGGUUUUUGAAACAUUUCUAUUUAGAAAUCGAUUCCUUGAUUGAAAAGCUUUUAUUUUUGGGUGAUUCGAAUUAUAGUACCAGUUUUAGCUGUGAGUGCGUUUUUAUGAAUUUCAAAUUGGUUCCUAAUCCUAAUUUUACGUGGUUAAAAAGUAAGUCGAUUUAUGGCCUAUUAUAUAGUGUUCGGUUUUUCUUUUGGAUACUUAAUUGCCUGAAUGAUGUAAUGGUGAAUAUUGAAUAUAUCAAUAAUCAACUGCCA